ACCAACCUCUUUUCUGCAGCUUGCUGCAGCUUUGUAUCCUGCCUCCCCACUCCCCUUUUUCCCCUAACUGUCCUUUGGACGAAGAGCAGGAGGAGCUGAGUGAGAUCCACACCUCGCUGAGAUCCAUGUGUUUCUCGGAAAGGUGCUUGAGUCUUCCCCCUUCUUCCACCGAGCAGCUCUACUGAGAUAACCCUGAGCUCACCAUGGAGCUGCUGGAGGAACUUGACUUGUAGAUGUUCCCAGCACCAGGGAUGGCACCCGCGGGGACUGUGGCCACCCCGGCCCACCGGUGAGGUGCCCACUGCCCACCCUGAGCCCCAAGCCUGGACCACAAUGAACAAACUGCCCUUCCACAACAACAGAGUCAUGCAGGACCGCCGCAGCGUUUGCAUCUUCCUCCCCAACGACGACUCCCUCAACAUCAUCAUCAAUGUGAAGAUAUUGUGCCACGAGUUACUGGUGCAGGUGUGUGACCUCCUGAGGCUGAAGGACUGUCACCUCUUUGGGCUCAGCGUCAUCCAGAACAAUGAGCACGUGUACAUGGACCUGGCCCAGAAACUCUACAAGUACUGCCCCAAGGAGUGGAAGAAGGAGGCCAGCAAGGUCAGCAGUGAGGUCUUGCAUGGAGAGCUGACGGCAGUAAGGCCACCUCUGUCCCCAUCGCAGGGGAUUGACCAGUUUGGGCCCCCAAUGAUCAUCCACUUCCGAGUGCAGUACUAUGUGGAGAACGGCAGGUUGAUCAGUGACCGGACCGCACGUUACUACUACUACUGGCACCUCCGGAAGCAGGUGCUGCACUCGCAGUGUGUGCUGCGCGAGGAGGCGUACUUCCUCCUCACUGCCUUCGCCCUGCAAGCUGACCUGGGGGACUUCAAACGCAACAAGCACUGUGGGAAGUACUUCGAGCCCGAAGCUUAUUUCCCGGCUUGGGUUGUUGCUAAGAGGGGCAAGGACUACAUCCUGAAGCAUGUCCCAAACAUGCACAAGGAUCAGUUUGCCCUGACAGCCUCUGAAGCUCAUCUCAAGUACAUCAAGGAGGCUGUCCGGCUGGACGAUGUGGCUGUGCACUACUACAGGUUGUACAAGGACAAAAGGGAGGUGGAAGCCUCACUGACACUGGGGCUGACCACACGGGGCAUCCAGAUCUUCCAGAACUUGGAUGAAGAAAAGCAGCUGCUCUAUGACUUCCCCUGGACUAAUGUGGGGAAGCUGGUGUUCGUGGGCAAGAAGUUUGAGAUCCUGCCAGAUGGGUUGCCCUCAGCUAGGAAGCUCAUCUACUACACAGGCUGCCCGCUGCGCUCCCGCCACCUCCUGCAGCUGCUCAGCAGCAGCCACCGGCUCUACAUGAACCUGCAGCCCAUCCUGCGCCAGGUCCGCAAGCUGGAGGAGAAUGAGGAGAAGAAGCAGUACCGUGAGUCAUACAUCAGCGACACCCUGGACCUGGACAUGGAGCAGCUGGAGAAGCGGUCGCGGGCCAGCGGCAGCAGCGCCGGCAGCAUCCGGCACAAGCGCCUCUCACGGCACUCCACCGCCAGCCACAGCAGCUCCCACACCUCGGGCAUUGAGACCGACCCCAAGCCCAGGGAGGUGGGGCCAGAAGAUGGCUUCUCAGGCCCCGGUGUCCACCGCAAGCUGAAGACUUGCAGCUCCAUGACCAGCCAUGGCAGCUCCCACACCUCUGGGGUGGAGAGCGGUGGGAAGGACCGGCUAGAGGAGGACUCUCAGGAUGAUGAAAUCGAGAUGCUGGUGGAUGACCCCCGGGAGCUGGAACAGGCUGGUGAGAUGGAGGUGAGCCCCGACAUGUGCGUCUACAUCACAGAGGACAUGCUGCUGUCACGCAAGUUCAACGGGCACUCAGGGCUUAUUGUGAAAGACAUCAGCUCCUCCACCUCCAGCUCCUCGGAGACAGUGGUGAAGCUGCGAGGGCAGAGUACGGACUCCUUACCCCAGACGACGUGCAGGAAGCCGAAGACGUCGACGGACCGGCACAGCCUGAGCCUGGAUGACAUUCGGCUCUACCAGAAGGACUUCUUACAGCUGGCCAACCUCUGCCAGGAUACAGCCCAGAGCUACACCUUUGGUUGUGCCCAUGGGCUGGAGGAGGAAGGGCUCUACUGCAAUGGCUGCUUGGCCCAGCAGUGCAUCAACAUCCAGGAGACCUUUCCUGUCAAAAGAACCAGCAAAUACUUCUCAUUGGAUCUCACCCACGAUGAAGUCCCCGAGUUUGUCGUCUGAGCACCGUGGGGCCAGGACUGGCUGCCCACCCCUGGUGGAGAGGCUGAGGCUCCUUGCCCUGCACUGGGGGCUAUCAUCACUGCCUUUCCCCCCACCCCACGCAGCUCCCUGCCAACCAAGGCUGUGGAAACCAUUGCACUUGGAGGAUUGUGGGAUGGAGACCUCCAGGCAUGGUAGAGUCCCACCAGCGGUCCAUCCUUUGGAGUUUGUGCCAAAUUGUCUUAUUUCAGCUGGGAGAAGCCCAACUCAUUUGAGGUGGCAGAAGCCAACUGGUGUUUUCUCAUUGCCUCAUGGCAAGGUGGCCUCUUCUCCUCCUUGCCCCCAUCCUCCACUCUACCAGUGGCUCCACCGGUAGCUUGGUGGCAACCGAAAAAGUGCCAGACUGUUGUGUUCCAAGUCAAGCCAAAGAAAUGUAAAUACCCUAAAGGCCAGUACAGGGAGGGAGGAUUCAGCAAUAACCAGUUGGGAAUCUCCAGCCAUGGAUGAUGUCCCAUGGAGGAAAGGCACAACCAGCAGCAGAACAUCAACCCAGUUGUUCUUCCAAAACCAUGUGCCAGAGGUCAGGCCAGAGUGGUCCCAGCGAGGUGGCUGAGAGCUCUCAGAGCUGUUUUGCAGCUUGGGUUUUCUUUCCUUCUUUUUUAGAGGGAAGACAAAACAUAAACCCAAGCCUAAAACCAAAAAAACCCCAAACUCAAAACAACAAAAAACAAACCACCGCCAAAAACCCAACCAGCCACCCAAGAGGAACGAAGGCAAAGAAGGGAAGAAGGGAAGAGAACAUAGGAUCUCAUCUAGGAGGUCACUUGGGAGGUCACCUGUGAGGAUAUUGCAAUAACACAUCCCAAACUUUGAGUAUCUAGAGGUUACAUAUAUAAAUAUAUCGAGGUAUGUAUGUUUAUAUAUGUCUUGGAUCUUAUAGGCCCAUUCACAUCUUACUUCUGCUCUAAAACCCCUUUCAUACAAAGAAUCUGCCUCUCUUCUUCGAGGAACCCUAAAACCAAACCUGGUUUUGUCUAAGCACCAAGGUGAGAAAGACUUUGGAGAAGGUUUCAUACGCAACCGUGCUGUGAGUGUGGCUCUUCCCGGUGUGAGCUCCGCUGGGUUUCACCAAAGCUUCUCCUCCAUCUCUAUGUCCUAUAGUUUGAACAGUUCUGCUAAAGAUUGAUGGUGACGUGGUAGAAAAAACC